CGGCGCCGCUCGGUGCGAAGCUUGGCCGCUCUGCGCGCUCUCGGCUCUCGUUCCCCCGUAGAGCUUAAAAAAUGGCAGCCCAGUGUGUGACGAAGGUUGAGCUGACGGUCGCCUGCACGAAUCUCUUGGAUAAAGAUGUCGGUUCCAAGUCAGACCCGUUGUGUGUGCUGCUGCAGAACACAAGUGGUCAGCAGUGGUAUGAGGUUGAUCGGACAGAAAGAAUUAAGAAUUCCUUGAACCCAAAAUUUGCCAAGAAAUUCGUCAUUGAUUAUUAUUUCGAGCUUGUUCAGAAACUUAAAUUUGGAAUAUAUGACAUUGACAACAAGACUUUUGAUUUGAGUGAUGAUGAUUUCCUUGGAGAAUUUGAAUGUACACUGGGACAAAUAGUUUCUAACAAGACUUUAACAAAACCAUUAGUGCUCAAAAAUGGCAGACCUGCUGGAAAAGGCAGUAUCAUGAUUACAGCAGAAGAAGUGAAGGAUAACAGAGUAGUUAUACUGGAAGUAGAAGCAAGGAAAUUGGACAAUAAGGAUUUCUUUGGAAAGUCGGAUCCUUAUCUGGAAUUCCACAAACAAACUGGAGAUGGAAACUGGGUGAUGGUUCACAGAACAGAGGUUAUUAAAAACAACUUGAAUCCUGUUUGGAGACCAUUUAAAAUCUCUCUCAAUUCCCUGUGUUACAGUGACAUGGAUAAGUCAAUCAAGGUAGAGUGCUAUGACUAUGAUGGUGAUGGGUCUCACGAUCUCAUAGGAAGCUUUCAAACCACAAUGUCAAAACUGAAGGAAGCAUCUCGGUCAUCACCUGUCGAAUUUGAAUGCAUAAAUGAGAAGAAACGACAGAAGAAAAAAAGCUAUAAGAACUCUGGCAUUGUGAGUGUUAAGCACUGUGAGAUUAUAGUAGAAUGCACAUUCCUUGACUAUAUAAUGGGUGGAUGCCAGCUGAAUUUCACGGUGGGGAUAGAUUUUACAGGCUCCAAUGGAGACCCUCGCUCCCCAGACUCGCUGCAUUAUCUCAGCCCCAGUGGAGUUAAUGAGUAUCUGACAGCCAUUUGGUCAGUAGGAAUGGUCAUUCAGGACUACGAUACAGAUAAAAUGUUUCCAGCCUUUGGAUUUGGGGCACAGAUUCCUCCUUCCUUUCAGGUGUCACAUGAGUUUCCUUUAAAUUUUAAUCCAUCAAACCCAUUCUGCAGUGGAAUCCAAGGCAUUGUUGAUGCAUAUCGGGCUUGCCUUCCUCAAGUGAAGUUAUAUGGGCCAACCAAUUUUUCUCCAAUUAUAAAUCACGUGGCAAGAUUUGCUGCUGCAGCCACGCAGCAGCAAACAGCAUCUCAAUAUUUUAUACUUCUGAUCAUAACGGAUGGUGUAAUAACAGAUCUCGAUCAAACUCGAGCUGCCAUAGUCAAUGCUUCAAAACUGCCCAUGUCCAUUAUCAUUGUUGGUGUUGGGGGAGCCGACUUUGAUGCUAUGGAGUUUCUGGAUGGUGACAAUGGAGUUCUUCGGUCCCCAUCUGGAGAACCAGCAGUCCGGGACAUUGUCCAGUUUGUGCCAUUUAGGAAGUUCCAGAAUGCUCCCAAAGAAGCUCUGGCGCAGUGUGUCCUGGCAGAAGUCCCUCAGCAAGUGGUGAACUACUUCAGCACCUACAAACUGCAGCCCCCAAAGAAACUUGCUGCAAAGUGAAGUGGUCCRGCAGAGGACUAAGGCUCUGCACCUUCACACAGCCCUUCGUACCUACAGGCUUUGAUUCUUGAGAUACUUUUAUAUUCGUGUAUAUACACAUACCUGUAUAGUAAUAGCUAUUAGCUUUUGCCUGCAAAUCAAAAAUCAAAAGUGUGCCUUUUAAGAACCAAAAUCAUUAUUGUUCUAAUUAUUCAUUUGCGUAAUGGGAAUUAAGUGGGUGCAUUUUUAUUUUUAAAGUAGCAGCGAAAAGAGAGAAGUUACAUAUUCRGGGAGAAUAACUGAGAAUGUAAUGGCUACCUUGGAUGAAGGUUGCUUGGAUUCUUGGAUAAAUAUAUUCAGUGAGAUGAACUCUCACUUCAGUGGGGAUCUCCACAGAGUAUUGCUGUUUCUCAGUGAGGUGCGAAAGAGGGUGUAGCUGUGCCAAGCACAUAAAAGUAGGUAUGUGCUUCAACAAAUCCAGCAUGCGUCAGCCUUCUAGGUCUACCAUUACAGGAUUUUAUCACAGUAGUGGCCAAAUUUAGGCUAGUGCCAGAACAGAGUGUAGAAGCCAUCCUUGCUUGCGUACUUCACAUUUGCUACUGCAGUGCCUUUUGCCAGUGCUUGGGAUUCAGGCUGUGUGAAUAUUAGCCAAACAAAUAAUUAAGUGCAACUCCUACACAAUCUGUGUGUGUUGCAGGGAUGACCAAGGUGAAUCAAGGUAAGACCUCAGGCAUCUCAGACUAUUGGCUUUCAAGGCUACCACUGUAGAGACUGAGAUGUGUUUGGGUGCCUUCCAUUCUGGAAAAAGGGAACUUCAGGUUGUCCUUUGUCCUUYUUUUCUUAUGUAAAGUAAUCACAUAUAACUAUUGAUCUUCAGAGGACCUUAUUGUGAAGUGGAGUGUAGUUGAAUGUCUCAUUUGUCACUUCCAAAAUGCCUAUCCUAAAUAGUAACUUUGCAUUUGAGCAUUUAAAGCAUUUURAAAUUACACAACAUCUGACGGAUCUGAUCUUGACUGGUCUAUCUGUAACAGAUUAGAAGAAAAUGAACUGUCUAUGUGGGCAGUCAAGAUUGCACUGGAUCACAGUGUAUGUGCCUUUUUCAAUGACUGGAGCUGCUCUGAUUUUAUUGUUACUCUAUUCCAUUUGGGUAUAAUCCUGUCAAAAGUAAGAAUUUGUAUUCAUUUUGUUGACUGCAAGAUACAUACACAUCCUAUACUGCACACCAGAUGGUUUGUAGGUMAUUAACUCAUCAAUCAUGAAUUACUGUAUUACUCCUCACUCCGUUUUUUCCUGGAGGAUUCCAGAUAGUUUUGAUAGUGAAAUACUGAGGGAGAAAUUUUGUUUCAUAUUAAGCCAAGCUCACUUUCUUUUUUUCAUCUUUAUAUAUAAAUCUGCAGUCAUACUUCGAGUGAAGUGCAAAUAUCAUAUUACUUUACAUAUAAAGUGCAAUGAAUUGUCAUGUCAGACAUGCAAUGGAAUAUUAGGAUGAAGGAAGCAGUUACAAUUAACAUGAAUCACAGCUGCAAAUUGUUAUAAUAUGAUUUUGGAGCAGUAAAUUGUUUCACAAACUAGUGUUUCAUUUGGAGAGAGGAUUAGAUGCUUUGUCCAGAAUCACUGUGGUGAACAUACACUAGUAGUAGGAAUAUUGAGUAGUACUGAAAUGUCUCUGAGCUGUCUCUGUCUUCCCCUCUCCACCCCCCAACAAAACAAGAUGACAACAACAACAAAUCUAAGUUACCAAGUCUUGCAGUGCAAGUGCAUUUUAAAUGCCAUUGAGGAAGAUGGUCGGURUUUUAUAUCAAAAUCCUGCAUAUAAAAUACAUAAGAUGUUUUGGUUUGGAACAGACAACAGCAAGAACCUUUUUCCAGAUGAUACAGCUUUCUGAGAGACAUGYAGCUAACGGGCAGCUGAAAAGUUUGGGAACGUCAGGGUUAGGUUGGAACAAUGUUCUGAGGCAAGAAAUGCAUCAAAUUGCGAGUCAGGGAUUUGAAGGUUAUUCUGUUUUUGUCGAUGUUGUUAUUGUUUUUGUUUUGUUUUAAAUAUGUAACAAAUGCCAUAUUAGCUUGAUGGUGAUAACACCAGUGCUAUCUUAAGUUCUUUGCAAAGUGAGUGUGCUUGUAGGUCACUUGCACCACCUUGUGAUAAAAGAGAUGUAUAGCAGUUUUCAUAAUCAGAUGCUUUUUGCCAUUUAAAGGACUUAAUAUAUGCAUAUGUACAGCAGAGAAAUAAGUAUGACCAUUUUUUAAAGUACUUUCCAUAUAUUUUUCAGUUCUGAUGAAGUUAACUGAUUUAUAAUGCCAGUGCAUUAAAACUCUAAUUUCAUUAUACUAAUGUGCUUUCUUAUUCAUCAUUUUAUAUGAAAGAGGGAACAGCACUUUCACACCUGCUAUAAUGAGCAUUCCACAGGCUGCAGAUGGCUCUGGUAUAGAUAACAAAUGUUAGCACAUAAGAGGGGAAAUGCCUGUUUUGCUCAGUGGUUACAAAUCUGCACAAGUAUUUUAUAAAGUGUAAGAUACUAGCUUUUAGAAAAAAAAAAAAAAAAUCUGAAGUCACACAGUUCAGCAACAAUUUUUUCCUGUCCCUGCCACAUUUGCAAGGGGCUUCCUCGSUCAGAUCAUUCUGUUCAGUUCUGGUAAAUUUUUCAACUCCUUAUUGAGAGCCUUCUAUGCUCUGAAGGGAGAGGCCUCAGGACACAUACAUUUGAUUUCAAAUAUACUGUCCUACUGUACCCUUCGUAGUGUCUUGGCAUUCAAGUAUAACCAAGUCUGAGAUAUUUUAUAGGGAAGCUGAGAGGUGCUAGAGACACAGCACARUGUGGGGCCUUGGAGAACUUGAGUUUGAUACUGCGAGUUGCAUCAUCUCCGUACUCUGCAGUAGUUCAGUCAACUUCUGUGCAAGUCAGGAAUCCACAGGGUGGAAUUAGUUUCAAGAACRGCUUCACCUAUCUUACACAUGGAGUAGCUCUUGUUUCUUUAAAGCAUUUAGCCUGCAUUUUSAGCUAAGAAUAACACACAGGUGAGUUUAUUUUCACUCCUACUUCCCACUGAGGUGAAGAACAAAWUGCUUCACCAAGUAAGGAAGAUAGCAGGUUUAGGUGUGGAUGGCUGCUUAGUAGCAGGCUGAUAAAAUGUCUUUCACUGCUAGACUAUCAUCUUUCCCACGUGUCUCUCUCUCUCUCUCUCUCUUUUUUUUUUUUGGAGACUGCUUGCAAGCUUCGCACAUGAAGGGGUUUAGCACAUAGGAUCCUAGAGAAGAAGGAAGGCAUGUCUGCUACAGGCAGGAUGGUUUCUCAUGAGCUGCUUACUCUGCUAGUAACUGACAGGACACCUGCUCUUACUGCAUAUAAUUUGCUUUACUUGGUAAUGGAUACCUGAUUACUUUCCAGUAACCCRGCUUCUGAAAGGCUGUGAUUAACUGUGUCCCUCUCACAUAACGCUGGGACUGAAUGCUUCUCACCUGAUCUCGCACUGGUUCAGUGAAGGGGUAUAUUCUUCACUACUAGUUUUUAGAGAGGGUGGAACUUGCGAAUGUUGCCUUCUCAGUGGUGUCUGAAGAACUGAGGGGAGGUAUCUAGGUCUGCAGAAGGGAAGACAAGAGUGCUCAGCUGGGGAAAACUAAUCUAGGCUUCUGCCAUCCUAACGUGGUAGUAAUUGGAGCAGGAACAGCAUUUACAUGGAUUUACCUGCAUGCUCAUGCCYUGGCCCUAAAGAUAACCUUAUACAGAUAGCAGGCUGUCCUGGCUACCUUGUGCGCUAUGUAUUAUUUUGGUGAAGACCCUAUGGAUGGUUAGACUGUAGGUCCCUUCCUGCCUCUCCUGUUCUACUCUCCAAAACAAAAAAAAAACCCAAAACCUGGAGGAAUUGUGUGAAGUAAAGGGAUAAACACUCCAACUGCAGAACAGUUGGAAUAGGAGGAAACUAGAUGGAUGCUAAGUCUGUGCGGCCAUGUUCUUUUGCAAACACUGGCAUUUCUUCUCUAUCUGAGUCUGAA